AGGAUGACGCGCAAAAUUCGCGUUAUUCAACCUAAAAUAUACAUUAUAUAACAUAUACUUCUAUAAAAGUUCUUUCAAAUUCAUUGAAACAGUUUGGUACUAAUGGGAUGAGAAGCACUAGUCUAAAACAUCUUGCUCAAGGUGAAUGAUUUUCACGUACCAUGCAAAAUGCAUUCAGAAUGUUUAACAUUGUUUAUUUACCAGCAGGAGGUCAUAUCAAAAUGCUGAGUGUGAGUCGAGUGUGAACUCCACACUUUACAAUUUGCUGGCAUUUGCUUGGGAAGGCUUUACGCAAAGUUGGCAGUCACGUGUGUUCAGCACACACGACCGUGGAAAGCAGAGGACCCACCAUCUAAAUUGCCAGAAGAUUGAGUGCCUGCUCGGCAAAUUCCGAUUUGCAGUUGUUAUCAAGUUGUUCAUCUGAGAUUUGCGUCAUGCAGACGGCUAAAGUCUCAGAUACUCCGUUGGAAUUCAUUGUGGAGUAUCUGUCCAAAGCCAAGGACAUUGUGGACAGUAAUGCCAGUGUCCCAGAAGAGCUGAGGACUUAUCUUCAGAAGGCACUGGACAUCGCCAGUGGCUUAGACAGCUACCUGGAGAGAAUGACCAGCCAGGAGAGUGAUCCUCUAGCUGAGCUCUACAAGAAGACAGUGUGUCAUGACUGGGACAGAGCAUACGAGGAGGGGGCAACUAUGUUUCGUCUCCCAAAGGAAUGCAUCACUGGACACGUGGAAGGCCAGGUUUUGAAGAUGCUUGUGCACAUGUGCAAAGCAAAGAGAAUCCUGGAGAUUGGGAUGUUCACGGGGUAUGGAGCGCUGUCCAUGGCGGAGGCACUGCCAGAUGAUGGUAGAUUAAUUGCCUGUGAACUUGAGGCUUACCUGAAGGAAUUUGUCCAGCCCAUUUUUGACAAGUCCCCGCAUGGCAAGAAGAUUAGUGUGAAAAUUGGGUCUGCAAUGGAUACCCUCCAGGAAUUGUCAGAGACUGAUGACCAGUUUGACAUGGUGUUCAUCGAUGCAGACAAAAGCAACUAUAUCAAUUAUUACAAGUUUAUCCUAGACAACAACCUUCUACGCAUGGAUGGAGUGAUAUGUGUAGAUAACUGUCUGUUCAAAGGAAGAGUCUAUCUACAGGACUCAAAAGAUGAAAACGGUCUGGCCCUACGAGAGUUUAACGAGUUUGUCUCCAAAGAUCCACGUGUGGAGCAGGUGAUGAUUCCCAUAAGAGAUGGCAUCACGAUCAUACGCAGACUUCCCCCCUCACAAGCUUCACUCCAAAAGAACAAGGUGACCGAUGAUGACGUUUUCCGGGGUUUGAGAGGGAAGCCGAUCCUGGAUCGACUACGCUUGGAUGGGAAGGUGGCGUAUGUGACGGGGGCAGGCCAGGGCAUCGGCAGGGCCUUUGCUCACGCUCUGGGGGAGGCCGGGGCCAAGGUAGCCGUGGUGGAUGUGGACCAGGGGAAAGCAGAGGCUGUAGCGGAAGAGCUUACACUAAAAGGGAUCCCGAAUAUGGCCUUCACUGCAGACAUCAGCAAGCCAGAGGAUGUUCAGAAAAUGGUGGAUGCCAUUGUCUCUAAGUGGGCAGCAGUCCACAUAGCAUGCAAUAACGCUGGCAUCAACAUGAACUCGGCCAGCGAAGACACCAGCCUAGAGGAGUGGGACAAAACAUUCAGUGUCAACCUUAGGGGAACUUUCAUAUGUUGCCAGGCUGCAGGUCAGGUUAUGCUGAAGCAGGGCUAUGGGAAGAUCAUAAACACAGCCUCCAUGGCCAGCCUGAUAGUUCCUCACCCUCAGAAGCAGCUGGCCUACAACACGUCCAAGGCAGGCGUGGUGAAACUCACACAGACUCUGGGCACGGAGUGGAUCGACCGAGGGGUCCGCGUCAACUGCAUCUCACCGGGGAUUGUUGACACCCCUCUCAUCCAUUCGGAGAGUCUGAGGCCCCUGGUGCAGCGCUGGCUGUCAGAUAUCCCGGCUGGACGACUGGCUCAUGUGACAGACCUGCAAGCUGCAGUGGUCUACUUGGCAUCUGAUGCCUCUGACUACAUGACAGGGCAUAACUUAGUCAUAGAGGGUGGGCAAAGUCUGUGGUAGAGAAACUUUGCCUUUGUUCUGCCGAGCCAAUCGGAAAGAGAGAGCAAGCGCAUGAGAGAGAGAGAGAGAGAGAGAGAGAGAGAGAGAGAGAUGGCGAAGCACCUUCACCAGCCACAUGGGACCAUUACAGUGUGGCCAGUUAACUGUAUCAGAGGACAACAAACAAAUGCAUUCAGAGGUUGCACUCAAGGUUGUCCUCAGACUGAGCCAUGUACUUCAUGCACAGGGUAGUUUUCAUAUGGGAACUCCGCCAUGGCCAGCUCUGGUGAUUCAUUGAAAGGGACCAUUAGGGAGGCAGUAGUGUGUCUUGACCAGUGUUGCUGUAUCCUGUAGUGUUUUGUCUGGUUUGCUUUGACUGAUACAGGUCUUUGAAAUAAACCGCUCUGUUAUUA